AUGUCGUCAUACAGUCACAAGGAGCUCUCCAUCGGUUGCAAAGCCUACAUCGAAGGCGUCCGCACCUCCUACGGCUACAUUCCAUCCAAAAGCGCCGGGAUCGCCUUCUGUUUCCUGUUCGUGUUAUCGAUGAUCGCGCAUAUCGUACAAUUCAGCUGGAAGCGCACCUGGUGGUGCAGUCUGUUCAGUAUCGGAUGCAUGGUGGAAGUCCUAGGCUGGGCGGGACGGACCUGGGCAGCGGAAUGCCCGUACAACUCGACGGCGUUCAUGAUCCAGAUCUCCACCCUGAUCAUUGCCCCCACCUUCUUCACAGCCGGAAUCUACGUCCUACUAGGCCGCAUCAUCCAGCUCUUCGGCCGCGCCUCCUCACUCCUAUCCCCAAAACUUUACCUCUGGAUCUUCUGCACCUGCGACAUCAUCUCUCUAGUCGUCCAAGCCGCAGGCGGGGGCCUCGCGUCGUCGGAAUCCGGUACCGUCAACGGCAACACAGCACCAGGGACCAACACGAUGGUGGCUGGGAUCGUCUUCCAGCUGAUCUCACUGACGAUCUUCGUCGUCUGCGCCGCCGACUUCUUCCGCCGCUCGCUGCGCCUCGGCUACCUCGACGCGCUGCUGCGCGGCCCGCUUGCGUAUUUGCUGGGGGCGAUGGUGCUCUCCGUCGUCUGCAUCUAUAUCCGUAGUAUCUACCGGACGAUCGAGCUCGCGCAGGGAUGGUCCGGGUACUUGAUUACCCAUGAGUCGUUCUUUGUCGGGCUCGACGGGGUCAUGAUGGUUGUUGCGGUGGCUGCGUUUAAUGUCUGCCAUCCGGGGUGGUUGCUGCCCGCGGAUCAUUAUUUAAUUUAUGAUUUUGGUUGUUUUCAUCGGGCUUACAUCGAACCGUAG